AUGCCUAAAAUUAGAAAGUAUAUGUCUGGAUUCGAAAAAAGAAAACGAAAGCGAAGAGUAGAUGAAUUGAUUCAAUCUCAAGCGGGGGCUCUCGAUAGGUUUAUAAGUAGUAAUAAACAAGAAGAGAGUUCAAAUUUGAAUGAAGAACAAGAAAUAUUGGUGAAUGAAGAACAAGAAAUUGUGGGGAAUGAAGGACAAGAAAACUUGGGGAAUGAAGGACAAGAAAAUUUGGGGAAUCAAGAACACAAGGAAUCCAAUGAGCGCGUAGACGAGAGUGGUCACGAAGGUGUGGAUAAUGAUAGUCAACAUGAAGACAUGAGUUUUGAACGUGGGGUGAGAAAUAUUGAUGAUCCAAGUAAUUGGGACAAAAUUGAUCAAAAAUUCAUUGACUUCAUACAAGAUGAAAACAAGACUAUGUUGGCUACUAGUGGGUUAAAUGAUUGGCAUAAUCUUGCCCAAAGGCUCAAGAGUCAUGAAGCUAGUAAUGAGCAUAUUUUUGGCAUGAGCAAAUGGAUCGAAUCAGAAAUAAGAUUGCGAUUGAACGAAACAAUUGACAAAAGUGUGGAAGAUCAAAUCAAGAAAGAGAAAGUACAUUGGAAAGGGGUACUAGAAAGGGUAAUUGAGGCUGUGAAAACACUUGCUAAAAAUAACUUGGCAUUUCGCGGGGACAACGAGAAGAUUUAUCAAAAGAAUAAUGGGAUUUUUCUGAGCAUAAUUGAAAUGAUGGCCAAACAUGACCCAACAAUGCGAGAGCACCUUCGACGGAUACUGAAUUGUGAGAUUCAUUACCAUUAUCUUGGUCACAAUAUUCAGAAUGAAUUGAUACAAAUGCUAGCUAAUGAGGUCAAAAGUGCAAUGAUUAGAAGGAUCAAAGAUGCAAAAUAUUUUGCCGUGAUACUUGAUUGUACUCCAGAUAUAAGUCACAUGGAACAAAUGUCUCUUGUAAUACGUUGUGUGGAUGUUUCAACGACUACAAUUCAAGUGGAAGAGUUCUUUUUACAAUUUCUUAAGGUGGAAGAUACAACGGGAUCCGGACUUUUUGGGGAACUUGAAGAAGGCUUGGUCGCUCUUCAACUUGACAUUGGUGAUUGCAGAGGACAAGGGUGGAAAAUUUUUACUGAUAAUGUUGAAGGUUUCACUGUUAAGCCAUUAUCACAAACGCGUUGGGAAAGUCGCGUUGAAAGUGUUAAAGCCAUAAGAUACCAAGCUCCGGAAAUACGAAAUGCUUUAAUUGAAUUGGCAAAUUCCCCUGACGAAGCAGGUGCAAAAACUAAGGAAAUUGCAUCAAUGAUGGGAACCGAGCCUGUUUUUUAUGAGAAGCGUGUCAUUCGUAGAAAGAAACAAUUCGAUGAGAAUGUGGGUGAAGAGGUGAGCUUAUUAGCUGCAGAAUCAUUUAGAGUCAAUUAUUUUUUGUUUGUUCUCGAUCAUGGUCUUUCUUCUCUUGAAAGCAGAUUCGAGCAAUUUCAAAGAUAUGAGGAAACUUGGGGUUUUUUGUUUGAUGUGAAGAAGUUAAAUUCUAUGACUGGUCAAUGUUUGAUGGCACAUUGUGUGAAGCUAGAAGAUGUUCUGAAGCAUGAAGGGACUUCCGAUAUCGAUGGAAAAGAUUUGUUUUCAGAAUUACAAGUCUUGAAAGACUGUUUACCGCGAGAGACAACAAAACCAGUUGAAGUGCUCAAUUUUUUGAAACAGAUGGAGGGCUGUUUUCCAAAUGCAUGGAUUGCUUACAGAAUCCUAUUGACUAUACCCGUUACCGUUGCGUCCGGAGAGAGAAGCUUUUCAAGGUUGAAGUUGAUCAAGUCUUAUCUUCGCUCAACUAUGUCACAAGAAAGGUUAAAUGGACUGGCCAUCCUAUCCAUCGAGAGUGAAAUGGCAGAGGAGAUUGAUUUUGAGGGCAUAAUUAGUACUUUUGCUGCUAAAACCGCAAGAUGAGUGAUGUUUAAGUAAAGAUAAUGAUGCUUUUGAAAUAGUGUGGUAUAUUGUAUUUUUUGUUGGGUUUUCUGUCUUGAAUACAUGUAUUUGGUUUUGAAAUUAAAGUUCAUGUAUCGA